AUGGAAGCCAACAAUGAGACACAGAUGCAUGAAUUCAUCCUCCUUGGCCUUUCCGGUGACUGGGACACUCACGUCUCCCUCUUCAUCCUGUUCCUGCUGAUGUACCUGGUGACAGUAUUGGGGAACUUCCUCAUUAUUCUUCUGAUCAGACUGGACAGCAGACUCCACACUCCCAUGUACUUCUUUCUCAUCAACCUGUCCCUGGUGGAUGUGCCUUAUGCCACAAGCAUAGUCCCCCAGCUGCUGGCUCAUUUUCUUGCCAUACACAAAGCAAUUCCAUUUCUAAGUUGUGCAGCCCAGUUAUUUUUUUCCUUGGGCUUGGGUGGGAUUGAAUUCCUUCUGCUGGCAGUGAUGGCGUAUGACCGUUAUGUGGCAGUGUGUGAUCCUUUGAGGUAUUCAGUCAUCAUGCAUACAGGGCUAUGCACAUGGCUGGCCAUUGCAUCUUGGGUCAGUGGUUUUAUCAACUCUCUUGUGCACACUGUCAUCACCUUUCACCUGCCUAUGUGCGCGAAGUAUAUUGAUCACAUAGCCUGUGAAACCCUUGCUGUGGUCAGAUUGGCUUGUGUGGAUACCUCAUCUAAUAAGAUUGCAAUCAUGGUUUCUAGCAUUGUCUUGCUUAUGACACCUUUCUUCCUAGUUCUCUUAUCCUAUAUCCAGAUCAUCUCCACCAUCCUAAAGAUACAGUCCACAGAGGGAAGGUGGAAAGCCUUUCACACUUGUGCCUCUCAUCUUACUAUGGUUGUCCUAUGCUACGGCAUGGCCAUUUUCACCUACAUCCAACCCCACUCUAGCCCCUCUGUUCUUCAGGAGAAGUUGAUGUCUCUGUUUUAUGCUAUCUUGACACCCAUGCUAAACCCCAUGAUUUAUAGUCUAAGAAAUAAAGAGGUUAAGGGGGCAUGGCAGAAACUUUUAGGGAAAUUCUCUGGGUUUACAUCGAAACUGUCAACUUGA